CUUUAACAAAAAGGCAAUUUUGAAUCUCAGCUUACAAACUUAAAAUUUUCCAAAUUUGAAAACAUCAUCAACUAUAUAUAGUUUGACAAAAACAAAAAGAAAAUCAUUCCCUUGUACACAACAUCAAUGUUAGCACAAUCAAACAUUACAUACAGAGGUCACCACAAAAUCCACACUCAAAGUCGAUGUAUAUAAACAACCCCUUCUGAUCCAAAUCCUUAAACACAAACUUCACCAGAGAAAUGGCACCAUUAAAGUCUUGGCUUGUCACUCUUUUCAUAAUCCUCCCAUCAACUUCCUUUGCUUUCUUGGACUCUACCAUCCCAGAAAGCUUUUAUAAGUGCAUCCGUUUGAAUUCCAAUUUCUCAGCCCCAUUCUCCUCGGCUUUCUUCACCCCUAACAAUGCCUCAUUCAGCACCAUUCUUGAAUCCACGGCACAAAAUCUUAGGUACUUGGUACCAUCUGUCCCGAAACCUAAGCUAAUUUUCAUGCCAACGACCGAAUCACACGUCCAGGCUGCCGUUAUAUGCGCGAAACAGCUCGGUAUUCAGCUUAGAGCCCGUAGCGGGGGCCACGACUACGAAGGCCUCUCGUUUGCUUCUGGAAUGGAGUCACCAUUUGUUAUCCUUGACCUCUCCAAGCUGCGAGCAGUCAAGGUAAACGUAGCGGCCAACACCGCUUGGGCUGAGGCUGGUGCCACACUAGGGGAAGUCUAUUACAGGAUUUCACAGAAAAGCAAUACUCUAGGAUUCCCUGCCGGGCUGUGUCCCAGCCUCGGAGUGGGCGGGCACAUCAGCGGAGGAGGCUACGGCACCAUCAUGAGAAGGCACGGCCUCGCAGUUGACAAUGUCGAAGACGCCCGGAUUGUCGAUGCCAACGGGAGGAUUCGCGACCGGCACGCCAUGGGAGAAGAGGUGUUCUGGGCAAUCAGGGGUGGCAGCGCCUCCAGCUUCGGGAUCAUACUGUCCUGGAAGCUAAAUCUGGUCCCCGUCCCCUCCACCGUCACCGUUUUCACCGUCGCGAAAACACUCGAAGACGGCGGCACCAAAAUCAUGAGCAAAUGGCUAAACGUCGCCGACAAACUCCACGAUGAUCUCUUCAUCAGGGUUAUCACGUCGGUGGUCAACGCCACCGGAAAAGGCCAGACGACGGUCCAAACGGCCUAUAACUCCGUGUUCCUGGGGUCCUCGGACCGGCUUUUGCAGAUCAUGGGAGAGAGUUUCCCGGAGCUGGGACUAACCAAACAAGACUGCAUCGAGAUGAGCUGGAUCGAAUCGGUCCUCUACAUCGCCGGGUAUCCAGCAAACACCCCGCCGGAGGUUCUGCUCCAGGGGAAAUCACUCUUCAAGAACUACUUCAAAGCGAAGUCAGAUUUCAUCACAGAACGCAUCCCGGAAACAGGGCUAGAAGGCCUGUGGAAGAAGCUCCGGCAAGAAGAGUCGCCGUUGGUGAUAUGGAAUCCGUUCGGCGGAAUGAUGGGGAAAAUCCCAGAACGGCAAACCCCAUUCCCGCACAGGAAAGGUGUCAUCUGCAUGAUGCAGUAUCUGACUCUGUGGAACGACCCUUCGCAGGAAUCUGAAAAGAAGCACAUGGAUUGGAUGGGAGGUCUGUACGAUUACAUGGCAGACUAUGCAUCCGAAUCCCCAAGAGAGGCAUAUGUGAAUUACAGGGAUCUUGAUCUGGGGACGAACAAGAGCGGGAAUGCCACCUUUGAUCAGGCUAUGUCUUGGGGUUACAAGUAUUACAAGGACAACAUUCUGAGGCUGGUUCUUGCGAAGACCAAAUUUGACCCCGACAACUUCUUCCAACAUGAGCAGAGCAUCCCUGUGCUUCCUCUGUCUAUGGGUAAUCCUCCUUUGAUUAUAGGGGAGCAGGCAAUGGCCCAUUGAUAUGCCAAAGUGUUUUUAUUCAUUUCGUCUAAUAAUCAGGCUUGGAGAUAUAUUAACUUAGGUGAGGUGCAUGUGAUUAUGUAAAAGUCUGUAUACAUCAUGUUUAAUUUAGGUGAAUAUGUUAAUUUUUAUUAUAAAGAAAGUUUGUUAUCUAAAAACUAAUUCUCUAAAACAUACUCCCUCCUCUGAUCCUAAAUAAAGUUGACAUUGUUUGACA